UGUUUCAGCUAUAAGUGACCUGUGAAGUCAGUUGUGUUUGGGUACGAGGUUUUCUGCAGCUGCCUAGGUUGAUUUUCUCAGAAAAUUUUGAUAGAGAAAAUUUUAAGCAAGAUCAUGAUUGGAAAGAAAUUGUCGUUAGUUAAGUUAAUGUUGAUGUUGACGCUGAUGAUUAUGGUGUUGGAGUUCGGAAUGGGGAAAUUGCAUCGGGUGGGAAACAAGUUUGGUUGGAACCCUAAUGUUAACUAUUCGGAAUGGUCCACCCAUGAGCAAUUCUAUGUCGGUGAUUGGCUACUCUUUAACUUUGACAGGCACUACUUCAAUGUUCUGGAGGUGAACAAGACAAGUUAUGACAACUGCAAUGAUCAAGGUUUCAUACAGAACAUUACUCGUGGUGGCCGGGAUGUGAUUGAACUGACAGAGGCAAGGCCAUAUUACUUCCUUAGCAGUGGAGGAUACUGCUUUAAUGGGAUGAAAGUAGUUGUAAACGUUGAAAUACCUCAAGCUCCAGCAGCAGCCCCUGCCAAAAAUGGUUCCCCCGGCCCGUGGAAUGCUGGCACCUAUAUCGUUUUACUCAUUUUGAUUUCCAUUUCUGUGGCAUAUUUGAUCUUUUAAUUUUAAAUCAGACAGUUGAUUGAGAUAAAGCAGCACCCAAAAGUUUUUGUCUACAAGAAAUCCUAUCAUAAAUCUCUCUAGGCUGAAUACGGAGUUUAUAGUUGAGGUGAUAUUUAAUACGUCCGAAGAUCAAUUUUUAAUACCUGCAAUCCUUUUUCUCUAUCACUAAACUAUGACAAAAAAAAAUAAUCUCUCUAAGUUAUAAGCUAGAAGCUACUGGUGACAUCAAAUAUUGAAUAUGACCGAAAUAGAAACCUGAAAUUUUCCUAACAAAAG